CAGUGCACCCAGGGCGGGCUGGCAGGGACAAAGUGGGCGGCCCCCGCGGCCCCUCCUUCUGUCCCCUCCCUUUCUCCUGCCCACUCGGCAGCCGCAUCUGGGGCGGUCAGGACUCAGAGCUUCCUCGGGCCGUGUCCAGGCAGCCAGGACCUCAGGGCCCACGACCGCUGCCAAGAUGCUCCAGGGCCCCUUCUCCGUGCUCCUGCUCGGGGGGCUCCUGGGGGUCCUCCAGGCCCAGCAGCAGGAGGUCAUCUCGGGGGGCACUUCUGAGCGGAACAACAACUGCCCAGAGAAGGCCGACUGCCCCGUCAACGUGUACUUCGUGCUGGACACCUCGGAGAGCGUGACCAUGCAGUCCCCCACGGACAGCCUGCUCUACCACAUGCAGCAGUUUGUGCCGCAGUUCAUCAGCCAGCUGCAGAACGAGUUCUACCUGGACCAGGUGGCCCUGAGUUGGCGCUACGGUGGCCUGCACUUCUCGGACCAGGUGGAGGUGUUCAGCCCGCCAGGCAGUGACCGGGCCUCCUUCACCAAGAGCCUGCAGAACAUCCGCUCCUUCCGCCGGGGUACCUUCACUGACUGCGCGCUGGCCAACAUGACCCAGGAGAUCAGGCAGCAUGUGGGCCGCGGUGUGGUCAACUUCGCUGUGGUCAUCACCGAUGGCCACGUCACCGGCAGCCCAUGUGGGGGCAUCAAGCUGCAGGCUGAGCGGGCCCGUGAGGAGGGCAUCCGGCUCUUUGCUGUGGCCCCCAACAGGAACCUGAAUGAGCAGGGCCUUCGGGAUAUCGCCAGCGCCCCCCACGAGCUCUACCGCAACAACUAUGCCACCAUGCGGCCCGAGUCCACCGAGAUCGACCAGGACACCAUCAACCGCAUUAUCAAGGUCAUGAAACACGAAGCCUAUGGAGAGUGCUACAAGGUGAGCUGUCUGGAGAUCCCUGGACCACCAGGCCCCAAGGGCUACCGUGGACAGAAGGGUGCCAAGGGCAACAUGGGUGAGCCAGGAGAGCCCGGACAGAAGGGGCGACAGGGAGAUCCAGGCAUCGAGGGCCCCAUUGGAUUCCCAGGACCCAAGGGUGUUCCAGGGUUCAAAGGCGAGAAGGGUGAAUUUGGAGCUGACGGUCGAAAGGGGGCUCCAGGCUUGGCCGGCAAGAAUGGGACUGAUGGCCAGAAGGGCAAGCUGGGCCGCAUCGGACCUCCUGGCUGCAAGGGAGACCCUGGAACCCGGGGCCCUGACGGGUACCCCGGGGAGGCUGGAAGCCCAGGCGAGCGGGGAGACCAAGGCGCCAAGGGGGACUCCGGCCGCCCAGGACGCAGAGGGCCUCCAGGAGACCCUGGAGACAAAGGAAGCAAGGGUUACCAAGGCAACAAUGGAGCCCCGGGGAGUCCUGGCGUGAAAGGAGCCAAGGGGGGGCCUGGGCCCCGCGGACCCAAAGGCGAGCCUGGGCGCAGGGGAGACCCCGGAACCAAGGGCGGCCCCGGCAGUGACGGUCCCAAGGGAGAGAAGGGGGACCCUGGCCCAGAAGGGCCCCGGGGCCUGGCCGGAGAGGUCGGCAGCAAAGGAGCCAAGGGAGACCCAGGAUUGCCUGGACCCAGAGGCCCCCAGGGGGCCCUUGGGGAGCCCGGAAAGCAGGGAUCUCGGGGAGACCCUGGUGAUGCUGGGCCCCGCGGAGACUCAGGACAGCCAGGCCCCAAGGGAGACCCUGGCCGGCCUGGAUUCAGCUACCCGGGACCCCGGGGAACUCCCGGAGAAAAAGGCGAGCCCGGCCCCCGUGGCCCAGAGGGAGGCCGAGGGGACUUCGGCAUGAAAGGAGGACCUGGGAGGAAAGGAGAGAAGGGGGAGCCCGCAGAUCCUGGUCCCCCUGGUGAGCCAGGCCCCCGGGGGCCCAGAGGAGUCCCAGGACCUGAGGGUGAGCCCGGCCCCCCCGGAGACCCAGGCCUCACGGAGUGUGAUGUCAUGACCUACGUGAGGGAGACCUGUGGCUGCUGUGACUGCGAGAAGCGCUGUGGGCCCCUGGACGUGGUCUUCGUCAUCGACAGCUCAGAGAGCAUCGGCUACACCAACUUCACCCUGGAGAAGAACUUUGUCAUUAAUGUGGUCAACAGGCUGGGGGCCAUGGCCAAGGACCCCAAGUCAGAGACCGGGACCCGCGUGGGCGUGGUGCAGUACAGCCACGAGGGCACUUUCGAGGCCAUCCAGCUGGACGACGAGCGCAUCAACUCCCUGUCCAGCUUCAAGGAGGCCGUCAAGAACCUGGAGUGGAUUGCGGGCGGCACCUGGACACCGUCAGCCCUCAAGUUCGCCUACAACAAGCUCAUCAAGGACAGCCGCCGCCACAAGACCCGCGUGUUCGCUGUGGUCAUCACGGAUGGGCGCCAUGACCCGCGGGACGACGACCUGAACCUGCGGGCGCUAUGCACGGGUGACGUCACCGUGACGGCCAUCGGCAUUGGUGACAUGUUCCACGAGCGCCACGAGAGCGAGAACCUGUACUCCAUUGCCUGUGACAAGCCGCAGCAGGUGCGCAACAUGACCCUCUUCUCCGACCUGGUGGCCGAGCGCUUCAUCGACGACAUGGCGGACGUCCUCUGCCCUGACCCCCAGAUCGUGUGCCCGGAGCUUCCCUGCCAAACAGAGCUGUACGUGGCACAGUGUACGCAGCGGCCAGUGGACAUCGUCUUCCUGCUGGACGGCUCUGAGCGGCUGGGAGAGCAGAACUUCCACAAGGCACGCGGCUUCGUGGAAGAGGUGUCCCGGCGCCUGACGCUAGCCCGGAGGGAGGACGACCCCCUCAAUGCCCGUGUGGCCUUGGUGCAGUACGGCGGCCAGCAGGAGCAGCAGGUGGCCUUCCCGCUGACCUCCAACCUGACGGUCAUCCACGAGGCUCUGCAGGACCUCCGCUACCUCAACUCCUUCUCCCACGUGGGCACAGGCAUCGUGCACGCCAUCAACACUGUGGUGCGGGGCGCGCAGGGCGGGGCACGGCGCCACGCGGAGCUGUCCUUCGUGUUCCUCACCGACGGCGUCACCGGCAAUGCCAGCCUGGAGGAGUCCGUGCACUCCAUGCGCAAGCAGAACGUGGUGCCCACCGUGGUGGCCGUGGGCAGCGAUGUGGACAUGGAUGUGCUGCACAAGAUCAGCCUGGGCGACAGGGCGGCCAUCUUCCGGGAGAAGGACUUUGACAGCCUGGUGCAGCCUGGCUUCUUCGACAGGUUCAUCCGCUGGAUCUGUUAGCACUGCCAGCGCCAGCCCACGUGUCCUCUCGGCCACGGUGCUACUCAGACCGCAGUCCCCAGGGGAGCUGGACUGCUUGCUGGAGGCCUCUCCCACCGGCCAGAGCCCCUUCUCCCAAGGAGGUCAGGAUGGGAGGACCUCUGGCCCCAGGCCCUUGCCCACUUGCAGCUCCCAGGCCCCUCCUGUCUAUCUGUCCUGCGCACACCUUGCCCUCAAGGCCUCCGCCAGCCCAGAGGCUCCCUCUAGUCCAAUGACUGCCUCUCAGUCUCCCUGCCUCCCCUCCCCUUCUAAGAGCUUUCUUCCAGCCCUGCCAGGGCCUGGUCACCACCUGCCCACAACCCCUGAGCUCAUGAGCUCACCCGAGAGUCCCUGUCCAUGAACCCAUGUCCAAUAAAGGCUUUGGACUCCC